CUUGCAAAAGAAAAAAAAAAGAAGAAGGGGAAGAGUUUUCGAUUUUCAAAUAUAUACCUUGUAGUUGUCGCCUGAAGCCGGCAAUUCGGCAUUCACAAUCGGUUGCACUCAGUCGCACGUGGUGACCAUUGAUUACGCCACACCGGCUACAAGGUGACGAGGUUGAACGCGACAGUGACCCAACUAUCUUAUUCCCUUCACUGAUAAAAAUACACAUUAUGAAAUGUCGGCCUGGUAGAUAAUUAGUGACCCGUGUUUAUCUUGCACGCAGUAAUAACAAGAGUAGAAACGCUGCGAAAAGAUUUUUACACAGCGCCAAUGUAGCAGCUCGAGGAGCAUCUGAGAUACGCAUGCACAUUCAUAUGAAUAUUCGAAAGUGAAUGUGUGCAUACAUAAAUUACUACUAGCUGGUAUGUACGUACCAGCCAAGAUUCAGUUCCAUACACCGGCAUAUUUAAUGGUACAACUAUUGUAACCACUUUCUUCAACAUGCUACGCCAUAUGAUUAUAUGUAGAGCGAGCAUUCGCAUCAAUCCACUCUGCUGCGCACGUAUCUACCCGCAGACGUCCAAUUUUCAUUCCACCAAGCAACUCAAGCAUGACGAUAACAAACAUGACGCAGAAAACCCAAUUUCCCGCACCCUGGGAGCGCUCAAAUACGAUUUUAGCCAGCUCAAAAAACGCUUCACCAUGACAAAGGAAGAGCGUGAGCUUGAGAAUAACACAGAAGGAGAUAUUCCGUAUAAUUUUCCAAAACACUGCGAUGUCAUCAUCAUUGGUGGAGGUGCGAUGGGCAGCUCUAUUGCUUACUGGCUGAAAAAACGCGCUCGUCAUGGCCUUCGUGUUGUUGUAGUUGAAAAAGAUCCCACAUACCAGAAAUGUUCCUCCGUUUUAUCCGCUGGCGGUCUUCGCCAGCAAUUCUCUUUGGAAGAAAAUAUUGAAAUGUCGCUGUACGGGGCAGAGUUCAUACGUAACAUGGGUGAAUACUUGAGCAUUGAAGGGGAGCCGCAGGUAGAUCCACAGUUUCAUCCGUACGGAUACUUGUUCUUGGCAUCAGAAGCAGGCGCCGAUACGCUCAAGAGAAAUUCCGAACUGCAAAAUUCUUUGGGGGCACGAAACUUGCUUUUGACUCCUGAGAAACUGACGCAAAAUUUUCCUUGGAUCAACACUGAUGGUAUAGAGCUUGGCUGCUUUGGUCUGCAGAAUGAAGGCUGGUUCGAUCCGUGGACACUUCUUAGUGGGCUGAAAAACAAAGCCGUACACCUCGGGGCUGAAUACAUCGCAGCGGAAGCUGUAGAAUUUGAAUUCAAGCAAAAACCUAACAUAGAAGUAUCCGGUGUUCCUGCAGGCCAGUAUGUCGGACUAGACAAGCUCAAAGUGAGAACUUGCUCUGGGGUAGAGAGGAGCAUCGAAUUUGCAAUAACUAUCAUAGCUGCCGGGGCUCACAGCAACGAUAUAGCGAAAAUGGCAAAGAUCGGGACGGGGCCUGGAAUGUUGAGUGUGCCAUUGCCGGUUGAGCCCAGGAAGAGAUAUGUCUAUUGCUUUCACUCCCCUGACGGCCCCGGGCUGAACACACCUCUGACGAUAGAUCCUACAGGAACGUACUUUAGGAGGGAAGGUUUGGCGGGCAACUAUAUUUGCGGACGGUCUCCGGAACUGGUAGAUGAACCAGCGGUCGACAACCUCGAAGUAGACUAUGAAUACUUCGAUCAAAAAAUCUGGCCUAUAUUAGCGAAGAGAGUCAAGGCAUUCGAGAACUUGAAGGUACAAAGUUCGUGGGCAGGUUUUUACGAGUACAACAAAUUUGACGAAAACGGAAUCAUUGGUAUGCAUCCGUACUACCACAAUUUAUACCUGGCAACCGGAUUCAGUGGCCAUGGCAUUCAACACGCGCCAGCUGUGGGUCGAGCUAUAUCAGAGCUCAUUAUAGAUGGUCGAUUUGAAACGAUAGACUUAACAAGGCUAGGUUUUGAUAGAUUAAUUACGUUGGAACCGAUGCUAGAAGCGAAUAUCGUCUAAGGGGCUAUCUCUAGAUAGAA